AUGUCGGCUCCAAUUCCCGCUCAAAACCUAUAUCUCGGCCAAGCCCGCGCCACCAAAUCGGUCGAAGAUUGCAUGUCCAUCUACGACAAAUGGGCCGCCACUUAUAACGAUGAGGUCGGUGACGCAGCUCAAAGCUACGUCGCUCCUGUACUGGUUGCCCAGGCCGCGAUUAAAUACAAUUCAUCCACCAGUCCCGCCAACAGCGUCAUCCUAGACGCCGGUUGUGGAACCGGGCUGGUGGGACAGGCUCUCUCAAUUGCCAGUGCAAAGGCAAUUGACGGUAUUGACCUGUCGGCCCCAAUGCUCGAAGUAGCCCGGCAGACCGGUGUCUAUCGAAACCUUGAUCAAGCAGAUAUGAACCGUCCCAUCAACCAGGCAGCCGCUACCUACGACACGGUGGUAUGCGUCGGCACUUUCACUCUUGGCCACGUUGGUCCGGAUCCUGCCCUGAGAGAACUCGUGCGUGUGACCAAGAGAAAGGGCAUCGUGGUGGCCACGAUCCUCGAAGAGAUCUGGGUACCGGGUGGGUUCAGAGAUGAAGUCGAAAAGUUGAAAGCGGAAGGACUGGUGAACGUGGUCUCCGCGGACCUUAUAGAUUAUGUAAAGGGACACGGCGACAAGGCAGUGUUGCUCAUCCUAGAAAAGAUUCAACGUUCGUGA